GUGUGCGCUGCUGAGAAGUUAAAGUUUUGUGUAUCAUCCAUCCAUCCAUCCCAUUUUCUACCGCUUGUCCCUUUUGGGAUCGCUGGAGCCUAUCUCAGCUGCUUUUUCAACUUUUUGAAUAAAAAAAAAUUGACAAUGCUACAACAAUGUGUUCAAAUGAAUGGUGUAAAAUCAGACUGAAUAAUUAGUGAUUUGGGUGUGCCACAAGGAUCUAUUUUCAGAUAUACAUACUGUUACGGCGCACGCGCAGUCCAGCACCUAGAAGCUCCACAGAGCACGCCGCUAGACACAGCGAGAAGUGAUGGAGGCCAAAAUAAGUGGCAUGGAGUACAGGAGCAAACAGGCCGCUCUUGUAUCUGACAAGAAGACUAACCAAGUUGAGAUGGAUUCUACCAAGAAGAUCUUCCAAUCUGUAGAGAGCAUUUAUAACUCCACCAACAAAACUCUCGAGGAGACUCACCAAUCUGCCAAGCAGAUUUACCACAACGACAUAAAAACUCUCGAGGAGACUCACCAAUCUGCCAAGCAGACUUACAAAAAAGACAUAAAAACUCUCGAGGAGAAAUUCAAAAGUGACAGUAAUACUUACGAAAUUGCCAAGAGAAAUCUCAAAUCUAGGAUGGACAACUUCAAUUGUGACUUGAAGUUGCUGAAGGCAGAACGAGGGUAUGAAAUAAAGCUGGCAGAACUCAAGAAAGAGGACUGUGAACAGCUCUUGGCCCAAAUGAAGCCACUCCAGCAACAAAUGAUGGUGGCCAAAAUAAGUGCCCUCGAGUACAGGAGCAAACAGGCCGCUCUUGUAUCUAACAAGAAGAAUAAGAAAGUUGAGAUGGAUUCUACCACAAAGAUCUUCCAAUCUGUCGAGAGCAUUUACAACUCCACAAAGGAAGCUCUCAAGCAGACUUACCAAUCUGCCAAGGAGACUUACAAAAGAGACAUAAAAACUCUCGAGCAGACUAACCAAUCUGCCAAGCAGACUUAUAAAAGAGACAUAAAAACUCUCCAGGAGAAAUUUGAAUGUGACAGGAAUACUUACCGAACUGCCAAGAGAAGUCUCCAAUGUGAGAUAGACAACAUCAAUAUUGACUUGAAGUUGCUGAAGGCAGAACGAGGGUAUGAAAUAAAGCUGGCAGAACUCAAGAAAGAGGACUGUGAACAGCUCUUGGCCCAAAUGAAGCCACUCCAGCAACAAAUGAUGGUGGCCAAAAUAAGUGGUCUCAAGUACAGGAGCAAACAGGCCACUCUUGUAUCUAACAAGAAGAAUAAGAAAGUUGAGAUGGAUUCUACCACAAAGAUCUUCCAAUCUGUCGAGAGCAUUUACAACUCCACAAAGGAAGCUCUCAAGCAGACUUACCAAUCUGCCAAGGAGACUUACAAAAGAGACAUAAAAACUCUCGAGCAGACUUACAAAAGAGACAUAAAAACUCUCGAGCAGACUUACCAAUCUGCCAAGCAGACUUAUAAAAGAGACAUAAAAACUCUCCAGGAGAAAUUUGAAUGUGACAGGAAUACUUACCGAACUGCCAAGAGAAGUCUCCAAUGUGAGAUAGACAACAUCAAUGUUGACUUGAAGUUGCUUGAGGCAGAACGAGGAUAUGAAAUUAAGCUGGCAGAACUCAAGGCAAAGUAUGGAAGAGGAGGAACGCCACCUCCUACACCUCCUGGAGAUGGUGACAACGAGCGUGAUGAAGCUAUGGACAUCCUACCCCAGCGGGAAAAAGAGGGGGAAGACGACAAUGAUCCUGAUGAAGGUGCCAGUCAGACCCAGGGACGGCCAAAAAGCAAAAGAAAUAAAAAGUCAAAAUAUGGAUCUAUUUUCAGAUAUACAUACUGUUACGGCGCACGCGCAGUCCAGCACCUAGAAGCUCCACAGAGCACGCCGCUAGACACGCCCCUGCACGCGCUGCGCAGACCGCGCCCACGCCAUUUUGGAUGCCGUAUUCGCACAACUUUUUAA